GUUAAAGCGUAGUCAAUGAUUCGAGGUUUAAUUACUAUUCCACUUUUAAAGAGGCCCUGUUAAGCAACCUUGGUUUGUGGAUAAUUACUGCAGUCUUAAAGUCAAGAAAAUCACAAACCAAAUAUGACCGAAGAAUAAACAGCAUUUGCAACAGACAACUGAUUAGCUUCAAUGACAGAACAUUCAUUAAUAUUACAACUUUCAGGAGCUGAAGCUGACAACCUAAUAGUCAUGAUAAUGACUUCCCACCCCAAUACCAGGAAACGAAUGAUACAGAACGACAAAAGUGGAGUCAUGUGUUCAGCAAAAGCAAGCGACGCUAACGUUUGCAAAACUAUUUGACUGCAUGGUUCCCAGUGUAGUUUGAUAUAAAGCACAUAAACCAGUCUAGCAAAUGUUUUUCCAAUAUGUCUGGCUAAACACACCCAGAAGUGGACUCGGAUUAUUCACAUUUCAUAAACAUCAUUGAUACAGAAAACAAAAGACUGAUCUGAAUAGUUCUUGGCAACCAAGUCUUUGAUAAAAUGAAAGUGAAAGUGCGUGCCUCGACACAUUCACUAGCCAUCAUCGGUCUCAGCUCAUGAAUGUUUUAUCUGGGCCUGUGGAAAUUAUUAACUGUUUUACUACAGUGAAACCUCUCAAAACCGGACCGUCUGUAAACCGGAAUUCCUCCAAAACCGGACAUUUUUCAUGGUCCUUUUUGAAAAAUUAUUACAAAAAUUAACAUCUCUAAACUGGAUACCUCUUAAAACCGAAUAUUUUACUCGACCCCGAGGGUGUCCAGUUUAGAGGGGAUUCAUUGUAUAUUGUAAACAUAGAGGACUAGCCAAAGCUUCUGUAAGGGCCAGUGACUUUCUUAAACAUUUGUCAAACACUGAAAAGUGAAAGUAGAUGAGCUGUAAUCAGGUGAGUAUUCUCGACCACUGAUCAGUGAUUAAUCUAAACAUGUUGAAGACCAAUGAACACGUCAGUGAUCCAGUUAAAACUGAAACGGCACAUUGUUCUGCUGUGUUGAAAACUACUGGAGAAUGCGUGAACAGCUCUACGACAGAAUACACUAAAGAUUUCAACCGGCCUUUGUGUAUGAAGUUAAAUUCUCCAGGUACUAACGGGAAUAUUUCUUACGUCGCAAAUACACCCAAAUAUUCAGAUUCUUGUAACUAUGGUGGAAAUGAAAAUGGUAAUGAAACAAAAUCAAAUACAUCUGUCAAACAUGACAAUUCGAGUGUCUCGGAUUUCCUACGUAAUGAUAUGUUAAAUAAUGUGAAAAAAGAAUCUGAUAAUCAUUUAGCUCAUGCAAAAACUGAAAUGUCUGUAUCCACGAAAGUUAAACAGAAUGAAAAGGCACCAACAGGUCAGAUUGGAAAUAAACAGUCAGCUACAGAAUUUGAUGAAUCGGACUCUGGCGUUUCAGAAAAUUCAAAUAACCAGACACCUGUAUCAUGUGAACUGGUUGAAGGAAUUGAGACAUGUACAUAUCGGGUUACAAUUAAUGAGUUCGAUGCUGAAUAUCACGAAUCAAAUUUUAAUAAUUCAGAACAUUCAGAUCAGACCCCAAGUAAAAAAUACUGCUUGAGGAAAACUCGAAAAUUAAAAGAUGGAGAUACAAAAAUUAGAAAAACUGAAACAAAAAACCAGAUAAAAUCUUCUAAAGUAAAAAUCUGGAAUCGACCGACGGGUUUGGAAGGUGAAACAAAUACACCAGAUUCAAAAAAUAAAAGUAUUAAAAAAAGGAAAAGAAAAGGAAAGACUCAGUCUGAAAAGAAAUGUUGUGACUUGCCAAAUGGCCCACAAGAAGAUGAUAACAAAAAGAGAUAUCAGUGUCACAUCUGUGGAAAAUUACUAAAAUCGUCGAGUGCCGUCAACGUUCAUCAGCGAGUCCACACUGGAGAGAAACCAUUUUCGUGUACCGUAUGCAAUAAAAGCUUUUCCGUCAAGGAAUCGCUGAACCGUCACCUCCGAACUCACACGGGCGAAAAACCGUAUGUCUGUAGUUUCUGCGGCGAGUCUUUUGGCCAGGCCGCGUCGCUCAAGCGCCACCUGGGUCGUCACACAGGUAACUACCCGUUCAAAUGUCACAUGUGCGACAAGCGUUACAUCCAGCAUUCGGAUCUGAUUGGACACCUGCGAUCACACGAAGGCUUGAAGAGGGAGAAGCUGUGGACGUGCGAGGUGUGUGGGUCGGGCUUCGUUAGCACGCGCAAUCUCAUCAGACAUGUCAAGUGGGUGCACAUCGCAGACAAGCCGUUUGUGUGCGACAUCUGUGGGAAAGGUUUCGUCGAGUUGGGCAAACUUUCAGCUCACCAGCGAUACCAUACAGGAGAACGGCCAUUCAAGUGUACGAUUUGUGAUCGGGGGUUUGUCGACAAGAGUUACCUGCGUGAGCACGUGAAGCUGCACGAAGACAAGGGCAAGAAGACCUUCAAGUGCAGGAUGUGUGACAAAGACUUUUCCUCUUCAAAGAGCCUAUACCGCCACGUCCGAACCAUCCACACCAAGGAGGAAGUCUACACCUGUAACAUUUGCUGGAAAAGUUUCGGUCAGUCGGGAAAUCUGAAAAUCCAUCGCCUUCGUCACCACAAGGCGGAAUAUAUCAAGCCUGGAUCGAAGUUUCUGGAUGAUUUCGACGAAGAGGAGGACAUUUAUGAACAAUACGUUAUCCAGCAGAACAAGAUCUUUAUUGAGAAAUCGUCACAGGUUGAUUCGUGUAGCGUCAGUUGUCGUUUAGAAAGUAGUACUAGCGAGAACCACAAUUUGAAGACUUUUACAAACAUUACUCGGGAAGAUAUUCUCAAAAAGUUUGCCCGCCCCAAAUCACAGACUUCAUCAGCGGAAAGCAUUGGAAGUGUUUUUGUUGUAAGAGAGGAUGACAAGAAAUUGUGCUUAAACGAUGAUGGUAAAUUUGACGAUAAAGAGCUGAAAGAAUUGGAUGGUGAUGAAGUUAAAAGUUUGAAGGAUACAGCUGAUGACAGUAACUAAAGUUCGAACCACAUUGUCAACAACUGUGAUAAAUUACUCUUCUACCUUUAAUUACCGUUAGAUUGGCCCCACACAUUGUCCAAACACAGAUCAUGAAAAAAACCCAUUACAGUGACAAAGUUUGACUUCGCUGAGAUCUCCUAGAACAAAACAGGCAAUUUGUUUCCUAUCUGCCAUUUUGUGUUUUUAUGGAAUACUCUCCAAGAGUGGUGAAAGGAUGUGAUGUAAUCCAACAACCUCGGGGCGAAACGUAGCCCAGUGGUAAACCACUCGCUUGAUAUGUGGUCAGUCUGAGAUCAAUCUCAGUAGGUGGGCCCAUUGGGCUAUUUCUCGCUCCAGCCAGUGCACCAUGACUGGUAUAUCAAAGACCGUGGUAUGUGCUAUCCUGUCUGUGGGAUGGUGCAUA